CAAUCUUUGCGCAGCCCGCGGCAGCGUCGCGCCCGAGCCCGGACCCCGCGGUUCCUCCCGCCCCCGCCCCCCGCGCACCCGCCGGGGCCGCGGAGAGGAGCGCGCGGCCGUGCCGAGCCCAGCGGAGCUGAGCCGGGGGCGCAGAGCGCGGGAGGCGGCGGCGGCGGCGUGGAGCCCAGGUGGCGCCGCUGCUGGAUGGGAGUGCCGGGGCACGUGCGUGUCGCAUGAGGUCGGCACAUGCACCAUGUCAUCAUGCGUCUCUAGCCAGCCCAGUAGCGACCGGGCCGCCCCCCAGGAUGAGCUGGGGGGCGGGAGCGGCAGCAGUAAUAGCAGCGAAGGCCAGAAACCCUGUGAAGCCCUGCGGGGCCUCUCGUCCCUGAGCAUCCGUCUGGGCAUGGAGUCCUUCAUCGUGGUCACUGAGUGUGAGCCGGCCUGCGCUGUGGACAGCGGCCUGGCCCGGGACCGGCCCCUGGAGGCCCCUGGCGGAGAGGUCCCCCUCAACGUCUCCGGGUCCCAGGCCCGGCCCCACCUCUCCAGUCGCAAGCUCUCUCUGCAGGAGCGGUCCCUGCUGGAUGCGAAUGGGCGCUGCGUCUACCCGGCCCUGCCCCACUCGCCCGUGGGCUCUCCGCAGUCCUCGCCGCGGCUGCCCCGGAGGCCCACGGUGGAGUCGCACCACGUCUCCAUCACCGGGUUGCAGGAUUGUGUACAGCUGAAUCAGUACACACUGAAGGACGAAAUUGGAAAGGGCUCCUAUGGCGUGGUCAAGCUGGCCUACAAUGAAAAUGACAAUACCUACUACGCAAUGAAGGUGCUGUCCAAAAAGAAACUGAUCCGACAGGCGGGCUUUCCACGUCGCCCGCCUCCCCGAGGGACCCGGCCAGCCCCCAGGGGCUGCAUCCAGCCCAGGGGCCCCAUUGAGCAGGUGUACCAGGAGAUUGCCAUCCUCAAGAAGCUGGACCACCCCAACGUGGUGAAGCUGGUGGAGGUCCUGGAUGACCCCAAUGAGGACCAUCUGUACAUGGUGUUUGAACUGGUCAACCAAGGGCCUGUGAUGGAAGUGCCCACCCUCAAACCGCUCUCUGAAGACCAGGCCCGUUUCUAUUUCCAGGAUCUGAUCAAAGGCAUCGAGUACUUACACUACCAGAAGAUCAUCCACCGGGACAUCAAACCUUCCAACCUGCUGGUUGGAGAAGAUGGGCACGUCAAGAUUGCGGACUUUGGCGUGAGCAACGAGUUUAAGGGCAGCGACGCCCUCCUCUCUAACACCGUGGGCACUCCCGCCUUCAUGGCGCCUGAGUCGCUCUCGGAGACUCGGAAGAUCUUCUCUGGGAAGGCGCUGGAUGUUUGGGCCAUGGGUGUGACGCUGUACUGCUUUGUGUUUGGCCAGUGCCCAUUCAUGGAUGAGCGGAUCAUGUGUUUACACAGUAAGAUCAAGAGUCAGGCCCUGGAAUUUCCAGAUCAGCCUGACAUAGCCGAGGACUUGAAGGACCUGAUCACCCGCAUGUUGGACAAGAACCCCGAGUUGAGGAUCGUGGUGCCUGAGAUCAAGCUGCACCCCUGGGUCACGAGGCACGGGGCGGAGCCGCUGCCAUCAGAGGAUGAGAACUGCACGCUGGUCGAGGUGACAGAAGAGGAGGUGGAGAAUUCGGUCAAACACAUACCCAGUCUGGCAACCGUGAUCCUGGUGAAGACCAUGAUACGAAAACGCUCCUUCGGGAACCCGUUUGAGGGCAGCCGGCGGGAGGAGCGCUCGCUGUCAGCGCCUGGAAACCUGCUCAUCAAAAAACCCACCAGGGAGUGUGAGCCCCUGUCUGAGCCCAAGGAAGCAAGGCAGCGAAGACAGCCUCCGGGGCCCCGACCCGCCUCCCGUGGGGGAAGAGGAAGCGCUCUUGUGAAAGGCGGCCCAGGGGUGGAGAGUCGGGGGGCCCUGGCCCCCGGCUCCGGCAAGCGGACGCAUCCUCCGUGGCCGGACGAGGUGAUGGAGUAGCUGCUGGACCUCGACCUCGCAUGCACGUCUCACCUCCGCGGGCCGCGCCCUGCGUUUCCAUAGCAGCAUGUCCUACGGAAACCGAGCACG